AUGGAAUUUAUAAUAACUUCAGAUUCUGGGUACCGCGACUCCUUUGAAUCCUCAGGCAGCACAGGUACAUUUGGUCCACCCCCGAGUCAACCCAGAAUUGUGAUAUCUCCAUCACAACUGGAUUGGAAUGGUUCAAUCCAGAUGGCUUCAAGUCCUCAGAUUGCAGAAUUGUUUACUCGCUUGGAAUCCAAGCUUAACGGGCUGGAGUCCAACUUGGGUUCCAAGCUUGGCCGAGUGGAGUCCAAUCUAGAGGGGAGAAUAAGUGAUCUAAAGGUGAAGCUGGAGGCUCUAGAGUCAAACCUAACUACCCAUGGAACGAAAUUGCUGAAGCUGAGGAACUUGGUCGAUGAACACAAGAAGGAAAUGCACUCAGAAGUAGAUGGCGUGCUGAAAGAAAUGCAGGGGAUGGAGAAGCGUCUGAUUGAUAGGGUUGAUGAAUCGACUGAGUCCCAGAAGACUGGGCUUGAUGAAUUGGCUGUGUCCCAGAAGACCAUUUUCGAUAGAAUCCUCGCUUUGUUCAAACAAUAA